AUGUUCUCUGCAGACAUGGGCUCAUCAGAAUCCACACCUCCUCCACCUCCACCUCCACCUCCUCAAUCACCUCCACCUCAUCCAUCACCUCCACCUGCUCCACCUUCCCGUAAGAGGCUGAAUUCUUACUGACAUGAUCUCAGAUCUGAGGAUCAGGAUCUUUAAUCAGUAACCAUGUCUUUCAGUUUUUCUCACUGUUGUUCAUUUUUGUCCUUCAGCCUGUCUGAGGCAGCCGUGGAGACAACUGACAGAGUGAGUGAGUCUUCUGAGGACACAGUCCUGCAUAUUCACUCAUUCACACAUUCACACAUGUACAUUUAUUUAUAUUAACUCAUUUACACAUUAAACUAUUCACAUAUUUAUUCAUUCACACAGAGGCUAAGUAAGAUAGGUCUGUGUUUGUUUCCACACAGAGCUUAUCACACCUUUUUUCUUGUUUUUAUCCUUUUAUUUUAUUAGUUUUAUUAUUUAUUUGAUCUUGUUUUACAUGAUAUAAAGUUAUUUUAUCGUUUUCCAAUCUCAUUUUAUUUAAUAUAAUCUUGUUUUAUCUUGUCUUUUUUGUUUCUUGUUUUAUUUUAUUUUCUUAUUUAACAUUUUUAAAAAUAAUUUUAUCUUUUAUUGAAUCAUUUCAUUUUUAUUUUGUCUUAUCUUUUUAUUUUCUUGUUUUAUUGUUUUUCAUUUUUUAAAGAAUUUUAUUCAAUUUUAUUUCACACUUUAAUUUGAUCUUGAUUUUUCUUAUUUAAAUUUUACUUCUUUUUAAAAUAAAUCAUUUUAUUUAAUCUUGUUUUAUCUUUUUAAACUUUCUUAAUUUACAAUUUUUUAAAUUAAUUUUACCUAUCUAUUUUAUCAUUUUAAUUUUUAUUUUGUCUUAUCUUUUUAUUUGUUCUUGUUUUAUCCUGUUUUUAAUUUGUUUUGUUUUUUAAAAUGUAUUUUUAUUUAGUCUUAUUUCACACUUUUUUUUUAUCUUGAUUUAUCUUUUUGAAUUUUACCUUUUUAAAAACAAUUUCCUUUUUUUAUCAUAUAUCAUUUGAAUGUUGUCUAAUCUUUUUUUUUAAUUUCUUAUUUUAUUUAAUCAGAUUUCACACUUUUAUUGAAUCUUAUUUUAUCUUUUUACAUUUUCCUUUUUUUAGAAAUAAUUUUAUCUAUUUAUUGAUCUUUCUUUAAUCUUUUUUUGUCUAUUUUAUCUGGUUUUAUCUUGUUGUAUUUUAUUGUAGUUUGUUAUGGUCAGGGCUCUUUUGUUUAAUACUGUCUCUGCUUCGUCAGGAGCUCCGGGGACAUCAUUAGGUACCUGGGAGCCUACCACCCUCGAAACGCACAAUUCAGUCACUUGAGGGUUCUGCUGCACGGCCCGGUCGGUGCAGGAAAGUCCAGUUUCAUCAACUCAGUGGACAGCGCUCUCAGAGGUCGUGUGACCGGUCGAGCUGCUACUGAUGCAACUUCAGGCAGAAGCUACACCCUGGAGGUAGGACGGUCUAGAGCCUGAGAGAACGGCUGAUUGUGGUCUUUCAGAAACUUCUGAGACAGUUAUAUGUGACUCAACAAAUCUACAAAAUGACAAACAUAAAAUAUCCACAAAUUAAUGAAAAACUCAAAUGAACAAACUCUUUAGAAACUAACUCUCUCCCUGAAAAUGUGGAUCAUUUUCAGCAGGUUGGUUUUCAGAGGAGAGAAAAUAAAUCAGACUGAAUCUCCUUUUUAAGAAAAUGAAAAAACUUUUAAAUUGACACUUUUAUUUGUUUAACUGAUGCAUUUACUGUCUCCUUCUUUCAGUAUAAAACCUACAAGAUAGAAAAACAGGCGUCGAGCUUUUAUUCUGUGGUUUUUAAUGACAUCAUGGGCCUGGAGGACAACCUGGACAACGGCGUCCAAGUGGACGACGUCAAACUGGCGAUGAAAGGACACGUGAGGGAAAAGCACAAGGUACGCACUGAAGGACUUUGUUGACCUGAAGGUCCUGUAGAGUCUAAUCUGUCCAAGCAAAGAGGUUAAAUCCACAGUCACUGAUCGAACCAGAACCAAGUCUGUGGGGACAUGAUACUGGACCAGUGUACAACAGCGCCAUCUUCCUGUUUUCAGGUGUAUUACUACUUCCUGUGGCUGAGGGGAUUAGAGAUUGACUGUUGCUGCGUCCGAACUGCCCGCUCGGAUACUACGUGCUACUGCUAGAUCCUACUCCUACAUACUAAAAACGUUGGCCCAAUUCGGACACACUAGACGAGCGGUGGGGAAAGACGACCCCCGCAGGCAGAGAGUAGGUACUGCGCCCGUGCAGACAGUGGUAACUGAAGCCCCUCAUCUGCGGGCCUGGCUGUAGUACUGCAGCUGUGCAGUUUAAUGAUGGAAUAAGUGAGCUUUACCUCCAUGAUUUCGCCACUUGCUCAUAAAAUGAUUACUUGGGCAAAUAUGACACCAUGACAUGACAAAGAGAUACAACCGCACAUUUUUUAGGACAGUGUGUGAAGUUACAUGAAACUUACAUCUGUACUGCUGCGGUCCCGCCUGCUGCUGCUGCUGCUGCUCCGACAUGGUGCGCGCUGCUGCGGCCAGCCGGCGUUCGCGACACAUUUAAAUAGGCAGAGCAGCUGGUGGCGCUAGCAUCACAUGCGCUUCUACAACUUUUAAGAGGACGAAGAAGAAGCCCGCGGUGCAUUUUGGGUCAGUAGCAUGCCCGUAGGAUGCACCGAGACCAACCUACAAUGUGGGCGUGUCUAGCAUCUGAAGUAGUAUCUGAAGUAGCAUGCUACUCGCUCCGGUGGCCAAUUCGGACAUGCUAGAUACUACUUCGACUACUACUUCGACUACUACUUGGCAAUUCGGACGCAGCUUGUGUGUGUGUGUGUGUGUAACCCUCUCACUCCAGAGGACGUCCGCUCGCUCAGAUUUCUCCGCUCCUUUAUAAUAAUAAUAAUAACAUUAAUACAUUUUAUUUAAAUAAACUGUUUCUUGUCUUUUUCUCAUUUUUUCUAGUUUAAUCCUCAAAACCCGCUCUCAGAGCGUGAUUUUGGCUACAACCCAGACCCCACCCUGGAUGACAAAGUCCACGUCCUGGUCUGCGUGGUUCCUGUGGACACUGUGUCUCUGCUGAGUGAUGGGGUGGUGCAGAAGUUAAGACAGGUCAGACUGGCAGCCAGGGACCAGGGUAAGUUCCCGCUCUGUGGACUCUAAGUCACCAGAGUCCUGCUGUCUGAGGUCUGAACCCCUCUGUGUGUCUGCAGGAAUCCCCCAGUUCGCCAUCCUCACCAAAGUGGACCAAGCCUGUCCAGAGGUGGGGAGAGACAUCCGCAACAUUCACAAGAGCAAAUACCUGAAGAAGCAGGUGAGUCUGAGUCCCUUAGAUUGUCCAAAGACCUUUACUCAGAGUCCAGUAACCAGACCGUCUCUGUGACCUGAAGGUGGAGCAGUUCAGCGUCCUCCUGGGGAUCCCUGUCAACUGCAUCUUCCUGGUGAAGAACUACGAGUCUGAGAGCUCCACGUCUGAGGACAUCAGCAGACCCAUCCUGACCGCCCUGAAACAGAUGGUGAACUACGGAGAGGACUACGUGAACGACAUAAAUUCAAAUUCAAAUUCAAAUAGUUUUCGUAGCACUUCUUAUACAUACGAGUAUCACGAAGAGCUUUACAUAAAGUAAAGAUAAAAAUAAGAAUAAAAACCCCUCCCUCCCAUGCCCACACACAGAUACACACACAGGACAGUGCUUGGUUGUUUUGCAUUUCCUCAUUUCGUCAUGGCUUAGUACCGAGGGCCCUGGUGAGGAAGAACGCAUGAGGAGACACUGGAGCUAG